CACCACCAUACCAUACUAUCGAGAGCAAGAGGCAAGAGGUGUCUAUCGGGCACAGAUGCUCCCAGCCUCUCUCUAAUUCUCGCCACGGCCCACGGCGCCUAUAAAGCAGGCCAAUCACCGAUCCUCCAUACGAAGACAAAGCCAAGGCGCAGCCACCAGCCAGAGUAAGCAGAGAGCUGCACUUGAACCCAAAAAAAAAAAAAAAAAAGCUCCUACUGUGAGUGAGCAUGGAUUCGCUUGUGAAGUGUGGCAAUGGCUACGGUGGCUACGGCUACGGCUACGGCUAUGGUUACGGCAACAGCAAGCCCCAGAUGAACUACAACCGGCAGAACACCGAGUCCGUGACCACCGUCGUCACGGAGAUCAACCGCAUGACCGUCAACGACAAGCCCAGCUGCUACGGCGGCGGCGGCGACGUGCAGAAGCAGGCCUGCAAGGUGGAGGCGUUCGAGGAGCACGACGAAGCGUACAACGGCGCCGUGGCCGUGCAGAAGCACUCCUUCAAGGAGGAGAAGGAGGAGAGGUACGGCGCUGCCGCCGUGAAGAAGCACGACGAGUACAAGGAGGAGAAGUACGGCGAAGUAAUCGACGCGGAGUACGGCGCCCACUACGGCGGUGGCGCCGCCGCCUUGAAGAAGCAGCAGGGCUACGGCUACAAGCAGGAGGCGUACGGGGAGACCGAGGGUGCAGCAGGGUACGGCGGCGCCCACUACGGCGCCGGCGGGAUGAAGCAAGGCUACAACUACAAGCAGGAGGCGUACGGGGACACCGAGGCUGCUGCAGGGUACGGCGGCGCCCACUACGGCGCCGGCGGCGGUGUGAAGAAGCAAGGAGGCUACAGCUACACGCAGGAGGCGUGCGGGGAGAGCAACGCCGGCUACGGCGCGCACCACGGUGGUGCCGGUGCCGCCGUGCAGACGUACGCCUACGACCAGCAGGCGGCGUACGGCGGCGCCGUCGGUGCCGCCGUGCAGCAGCAGGCCUACAAGCACAAGGACGCCGCUAGUAAGAUGAACGGCUCCCAGCAGAAGAUGUACGGGUACGGGGAAGCCGCCGUCGACGCAGCAGGGGCGGGGUACGGCGCUCACUGCGGCGGUGGCGGCGUGCAGCAGCAGCACGGCUACCAGAAAGAUGCGUACGGGUACGGCGCCGCCGCCGGUGGCAAAGUGAAGAAGAACGGCUACCAGUACCAGGAGGCGUACGGCAGGAGCGACGCUGGAGGAUACGGCGCUCACUACGGCGGUGCCGGCGGUGGCGCCGUGCAGCAGUACGGCUACCAGCAGAAAGAUGCGUACGGCGGAGCCACCGCCGGUGGCAAAGUGAAGAAGACCGGCUACCAGUACCAGGAGGCGUACGGUGGAACUGGCGCUGGCGCAGGAGGGUACGGCGCUCACUACGGUGGUGGCGCCGCCGCCGUUCAGAAGCACCACGGCUACAUGCAGGACGUGUACGAGAGCGAGACUGAGAGCGAGAGCGACGAGAGUGACUGCGACGAGGCGUUCCCGCCGCGCGGCGGCGUGCAGCACAGCUACGGGGCGUACAAGCAGGAGAAGCAUCACGGGGCUGGCAACCUCGGCGGCGUGCGCCGCUACGAGUCGUACGAGACCCGCGAGGAGCUCGGCGGCGGUCGCCGCUAUGAGUCGUACCAGAGCAGCGUCCAGUACACGGGCGGCAGCGGCGGCGGCGGCGGCAGCGGCUACGCCACGUGCUCCCCGAUCAAGAACCGCCACCUCCUUCGCUAUGGCGCGUAGGCAUACGCUCUGCUCUGAUCCAGCUGCGCGUACGUGCACCUACGUAUAUUCGUAUGCCGUGUCGUAUAUAUAGACAGGCCUAUAUAUGCCGCUACUUGGUGGAUCUUGUGGUUGCUGAUGCACAAAAAAAAAAAGAAGCUAAACAAUCGAAAUAUCUGAAAAUAAGAUGUACUAAAUAUGCCACCUUGGGAUAAUAAUGCAUGAUGAUGAAAGACCGAUAGCUGAUUUGUUGUGGGCAUGCUUGGUUGUACUAUUAUCCUAUUUAGGCCCUCUUUGAUAGAGAUUCAGGCAGCUCCGCCUCCCAUUGUAACUUUUACUAUGUGCUACUGUUCACUAGAGCUAAUAGGAGUAAGUAAUAAAGCUAAAAAUUUUGGCUCGA